GCUCUGUGAGAGUCAGCCCAGGCAGGCAAAUCGCUCCUCACCCUCUUGUUCCUCCCGGGAUGGACAGAGCCUCAGCAGGGCUGCACAGCCACAAGCCACAGAGAAGAUGCUGGCUCCGUCCGUCCAUCCGCUCCUCUGGCUGUUUGGCUGCAUGCUCUUCCGAGGUACUACAGCCUCCACAGAGUCCUCUGUCCAAGCUGUUACAGGUCAAUCCCAAUCAACAACUGACAGUCCUGAAGUAAAGAACCAUACCUCAGAGCCUUCAGUAAAAUCAACACCACCAACUGAUUUGAAUCUCACCUCUGUGGGUCCAACUACUGCAGCCAAGUCCUCUUCCUUCACAACAACACUGCUAACAUUGACUGUGCAAGAUGAAAAGCCUACUGGAAGCACAAGCACAGCAACUUCAGCAUCUCAAGGUCAAGAGCCCACGAGAAGCAAGAGUACCACAGCAUCAGUAACUCCAGGUGCUUCCUCCACUCUCUCACAGGGAGGCACCUCAAAUCCAGUCACCCCAACACCAAUGUCCUCUGGCUACCUGCCUGUGCCCACUCCAACAGAUGAUAAAUCCCCACUGACAGUGGCAGCUUUCGGUGUCAUCAGCUUCAUCGUUAUCCUGAUAGUGGUUGUGAUCAUUCUGGUCAGCGUGGUCAGCCUGAGAUUCAAGUGUAACCGCUCAAAGGACUCAGAAGACAAACAGAAACCAGGAACCUCCAUGGUAUCAGAGAGCUGCUCAGCAGGCACAAGCCAGAAGAAUAACAGCAUCACCCUGAUCUCCAUGAAGAACAUCAACAUGAACAACAGCAUGAGUUACCCACCAUCAGAAAAGGUGCUAUGAAGCCAAGAGCCCAGAGCUUGAAGCUGACACAACCAGUGAUGACUUUCUACGUUCUUUUUAUUAUGUUUUUAGGGGUUUUUUAUCUUUAGGGAAGUGCAAGAGUGGACUUAUAUAUAAAUUAUUAUGUCCUUUCUGAUCAAUACAUGUACAGUAGCAUCCCACGUAGCUUCCCCACCUGGGGUCUAAGGGCUUUCUCCAGUUACAGCCUGCCACGCUCAGUGGUUGAUAUCUAUUUUUUUAUAAGCCUUCAACACUCAGAUUAUUCCAGCAGCAAGAACCACCAAGGCACCAUCUACUUCACCAAUAAACUGCUGCCUUAGAUUAAUGGCCUCUGUAGUCUGUGCAAGCCAGUCACAAGCUUCUCAAUCAGUCCAGCCCCACAUUCAGUCAAACCCCUGCACUAGAAUAGCAUGAUCUGAAGCUGGACGCCUAAUGGGACUUAAAUGACCAAGUGCUGUGUCAAAUUCCAGCACAACUGCUCCAAGCCCCUUAUCCUCAGUACCCUCAUCAUCCCCAGAGUGGUGGGGAUGACCACAUCCACCUAACUCACAUGCUUGUUGUGAGACUAUGUUAAUCUAUGUCUGGAAAGCAUUUGGAGAGCCAAGAAUUAAAGGUGCUGCUGAAAUGCAAA